GGUUACAUGUAGUAGACAUUUACUACACACACAAAUUCCCAAACUCUCUCACAGUUUAAGGGAAUGUCAUUUUCAUUCUCUGUGCUCCUACAAUUAAAGCAGUCGAUAUUAGAAGUGAGCUAUUCUCUCUCCACCCCCUCUUUUGUUACUCGGUGUGAAAACAGAGGCACUACCUCAGAGCGGUUCUAGUUGUUAGCUAGUAGGCUAGUUGCUCGCCCGCUUCCCCUGCGGCCUGCUGGAGAUGAGUGGAAGAUGUCCGUGUCGGGGCUCAAGGCCGAAUUAAAGUUUUUGGUAUCAAUUUUUGACCCGAAUCACGAGCGUUUCAGAAUUAUCAACUGGAAACCCGACGAGCUUAGCUGUCAGUUUAAUGUGACUGGUGAAAAGCUACUGAUCAUCCACUGCAAUAUUACGGAGGCUUACCCUUCAACUCCCCCUUUAUGGUUUGUGGAAUCAGACGAUCCAAGUCUGACUGAGGUGUUUGAGCAUCUGGAGGAUGUUCGGAAAGGCAGUACCUUGCUCCUCCAGCAGUUGAAAAGACUCAUCUGUGAUCUUUGUCGACUGUAUAACCUGCCCCAGCACCCUGACGUGGAGAUGUUGGACCAGCCUCUUCCUGCUGGACCCAUCAGUCAUGAGAGAAAGCAUGUAACAACAGAUGAAGUAACAUCUGAUGAAGAGGAGGAGGAGGAAAUGACUGAGCAGGACAUCGAAGAUCUUGACCACUAUGAGAUGAAAGAGGAGGAACCUGUAGAUGCCAAGAAGUCAGAAGAUGAUGGUAUAGAAAAGGAGAACCUUGCUAUUCUAGAAAAAAUCCGCAAGAACCAAAGGCAGGACCACUUGAAUGGUGCAGUGUCUGGCUCUGUUCAAGCCUCAGACCGUCUUAUGAAGGAACUCAGGGAGAUCUAUAGGUCACUGAGUUACAAGACAGGAAUCUAUUCAGUGGAGCUAGUCAAUGACAGUCUUUAUGAAUGGCAUGUCAAGUUGAGAAUGGUAGAUCCAGAUAGUCCAUUACAUAGUGACUUGCAGGUCUUGAAAGAAAAAGAAGGGGUCGACUAUAUUCUGCUCAACUUCUCUUAUAAAGAUAACUUUCCGUUUGAUCCACCCUUUGUACGAGUAGUGUCACCUGUACUCUCUGGAGGUUAUGUUCUUGGAGGAGGGGCCUUGUGUAUGGAACUACUAACAAAACAGGGCUGGAGCAGUGCCUAUUCCAUAGAGUCUGUCAUUAUGCAAAUCAAUGCCACCCUAGUCAAAGGGAAAGCUAGAGUACAGUUCGGAGCUAAUAAGAACCAGUAUAAUCUUGCUAGAGCACAACAGUCAUAUAAGUCUUUGGUCCAGAUCCAUGAAAAGAAUGGUUGGUACACACCUCCUAAAGAAGAUGGUUAAGAAGAAUGAGACUAAUCUCCCUGAACACUGAGAAUAUGGGAUUCAUGAUCAACUAUUUGCAUUUUAAUUGUUCUAAAAUCCCUCUAAAUUUCUUCUGUUCAGCCAGCGUGUGAGGUCCCACUGGUCUGUUCCCCCAAUUUCACUGUCUCCUUCUGUCUGUCCACUUUUCUUGCUGUUACUCAUGUCUGCUCUCAUCUCAUGUUUUGUCCAAUUCGUUUCUGGGAACGGAGGGAUGUGUGAGAGGCACACAGCUUUGGUACUAAUGCGUGUCUUACACAGAGCAACUUUUAGUGACCACCAGAUUCUUGUUGUUUUGACUGGAGCAAGGCAUGGCUUUAUGGAUUAACACCUGAAAAGGAAUAACGUGUGAAUAUUCUGGAUUUUACUCCCAUGCUCUUCUUUUAAUGUAAGUUAUUGUGGCUAUCACAUCAGACGUUUGGCAGGGGGUUCUUGAACUUCAGACAGAAAUGGGUGCAAUAAGAGACAAUAUGAAGAUUUGCCACCUCUCUUAUACCUGCUGGUGCUGCUCUCUACUUUUAUCUUUUGUGUUCUGUUAUACCAUGUGCUGAUACUUUUAAUGCCGAUAUAUAUAUUUUUUUUUUCUUUAAAAAAAAUCAUUUCCUCUAAUGAUAAAAGUCCGAUGAGGGUAAGGUAUGGGAUUUAUUUUAGUAUUCAACUUGUUAACUGUGGAUGAAUACCACUCUGUGUAGUGUUUCCUGCUCUUAGCCUGUGGUUAAUUUGAGCAGUAUUUUGCAAUCACAAGCCUUGGAACUGGCAAAUAAGAAAAUGUCAUUGUUCUGUAUUUGGACAGAAACCUGCUUGUGUACUCGUAAAUGGAUAUGUGGUACAAGUCAUUUUUAAUGUGCUGUUGAUGUGAAGUCUUGGGCUAUGCCACAAUAUCCAGUCAAGACUUUGAUUGUAGUAUUUAAUUGGUUGUCUUGAGGAUAUGGAAAAUGAAGAGCACCUAGACCUGUGUUUUAUUCAGGGCUUUGAAACAUUUAAUCUUCUAAUUGUGAAGGUGUCAUGUUAUCAUUCCUUUAUCUGUUUUUAAAGGUUGUCCUUUCUUUAAUGCUGAUACGUAUUCACCAAUUCAUGUUUGUUAGUUAUUCAUAGUAUAAAACAGUCACUGAUGAGAAGGAAUCAUUCUCUUUGGGGUUUUUUAUCCACAUAGUGCUGCAUUAACAUGGUAAUUUUGGAAUUCCUUUUGUCAUUAUCCAGAAAAUCUUCAGGAAGUCUGUUUAACUGUUAUUACUGUGGUUAAUAUGCUAAAACCGAUGGGGUUAGUAUCUCUCUCUCUCUUUUUUUUUUUUUUUUUUAUGCCAAAAUGACUUUUUGUAUUUUAAGCACUGUCUACCCAUUAUCUGGUUUAAUUGAAAGCAUACAGGUCUAUAUAAUUUACAUUAUGACAUGGCAUUACAUGUUCGCUUACUCUAAUGAAGAAUAUGUCUCUUUGUUGGUUCUGUUUUGUUUUUAACCAAAGCGCUCAUCACUUUUCAGAAUGUUUUGUGGUCAAAGUUCUGUUGAGAGGAGAUAAUAGCAAGAAUCCUGGCUUCGUUAUGGUUAUUUGUUAUAAUUUCCUUCCCAACUUCAUCAAGUCUUCUACCAAGAUAAUUUCUGUCUUAGGAAAUGGCCCAGGAUGUAACUGUUGGCCUCUUUUUGCACAGAGUAUUAAAAAUGUGCCUCAUAAAUAAAGGGUUAGUCAUCUCCUGACUCUAAGCCAAUCACAAUUACAGAAAAGCCAUAUCUAACACUGGCUUGUUGAUCUAUAGAUCUGUGACAUAAAAGCAACCUGCCAUAUAUAAAUGUAGGUCAACAGAAGUAUUGAGCAAGGUGUGAUGAAGCAUAUGAUCGCGUUUGAACUCUGAGUAGCACAGCUCAGUCUUUAAAUUGAUGCUAUUCUCCAGAUUUUAGUGUUCACAGCAGGAUGUUCAAACCACGCUUGCUGUUUGAUUUUUAAUUAAGUUUAGAAUUUAACACAUCUACACCUCUUAAUCAGGAUACGCCCGGUUUGAUGUAAUAUUCUGUUGGUAACAUGUUUGUUGUGCUGCCAUGACUGGAUAGUGAUAGCUUAUUUUUCUGGAAAUACUGACCUCAGUUUAACUAAUGAUGGUGUCCUUUUUGGUGCCAUCUCAUUUUGGAAUCAUCCUUUUGGCAUUCAUUCAUUCAGGUUGUUCUUUUCCACUGCUAGAGAACUUUGAUCGUGUACAGUAAAUUUUGUAAACUUGCAUCAAGUUUAUGAAUAAAGAAUUUUACAAGGGUU